AUGGCUCGUGACGCUGGUUUGUUGGCUCGCAACGCUGGCUUGUUGGCUCGUGACGCUGGCUUGUUGGCUCGUGACACUGGCUUGUUGGCUCGUGACGCUGGCUUAAUGGCUCGUGACGCUGGCUUGAGGGCUCGUGACGCUGGCUUGUUGGCUCGUGACGCUGGCGCUGGCUUGUUGGCUCGUGACGCUGGCUUGUUGGCUCGUGUCGCUGGCUUGUUGGCUCGUGACGAUGGCUUGUUGGCUCGUGACGCUGGCGCUGGCUUGUUGGCUCGUGACGCUGGCGCUGGCUUGUUGGCUCGUGACGCUGGCUUGUUGGCUCGUGACGAUGGCUUGAGGGCUCGUGACGCUGGCUUGAGGGCUCGUGACGCUGGCUUGUUGGCUCGUGACGCUGGCUCGUGA